AUGAUGUCAGAUAAUUUAAAAAAAGUAGAUCUUAGUUGUAUCAGUUGGAAAGUUAUUAAAAAUGAUGGAUUGGAUCUCGAGUAUACUGUUCCGAUACCAAGAUCAAUAGCUGACGGCAUCUUGAAGGAGCUCGAAGAAACUUUAACCUUUUUUACAGGAGAUCUAGCCAAGAUUAAAGUUUUCGGUAAAAUUUAUCCCCUGCCACGACAGCAAGUGGCCUAUGGUGACCCUGGAAUUACAUACACCUACUCCGGCAUAACGAUACCAGCCUUACCGUGGCCCGAACCUGUAUUAAUGCUGCGAGAUUUUUUGUUUACUUUGAAAGGCAUAAAAUACGAGUUUGUCUUAGUCAAUAAAUAUAGAAACGGGAAUGAUCACAUGGGAGAGCAUAGAGAUAAUGAACCGGACCUUGAUCCCAAGUAUCCCAUAGCCUCAAUAUCGUUUGGAGAGGAGAGACCGUAA